CCCCGCCAUGGCGGCGCCCGCGCGCGGCGCGGCGGCGGGGAGGCCGGAGGGGAGGCGGGCGGCGGCGGCUGCCCGCGCGCGCCGCGGCGGGAAGCUGGCCAGGCUGCGGCAGUCGGUGCGGGAGUUCGUGCAGACAGCCGGCCAUCCGCCCCCGCCGUCCCUGCUGGAAGGCGCGGGGAAGCAGGACCGCAGGAGCCGCCGGGAGGCGAGGAAGGAGAAACGCAAGCUCAAGAAAAGCCGUCGCCGCCGGCUGCAGCGCGGGGAGCUGCGGGAGGCCCCCGUCGCUGCAGCCAAGCCGGGGCCCGCCAAGCCGGGGCCCGCCAAGCCGGGGCCCGCCAAGCCGGGGCCCGCCAAGCCGGGGCCCGCCAAGCCGGGGCCCGCCAAGCCGGACGCCCCCCGCCCCCGCCCCCCGGCCUCUCCUGCCGCCGGGAAGCAGCUGCCGGGCCCACGGCGGCAGCAAGAGGCGGUUCGGCAACCGGCGGCGGCAUCCCCCGCCGCCCCGGGACGGAAGCGGGCCCUGCUGGAGGCCAACGAGGAUGAGGAGAAAGAGAUUCGGCGCCUGGAGCGGCUGCUGGGGAUCGGCAAGCGCCGCAAGAAGCGGGAGGGCCCCGCGGCGGAGAAGCUGCCCGAGAGCUUCCUGAGGGACGGGCUGGGCUACGUGCUGGGCGCCCUGGGCUGCAGGGCCGGCCUGAGCAGGCUGUGCCAGAGCAGCGACGAGGAGGAGGCGCCGGAGCCGCGGGAGGGCCGGGCGGAGCCGGGGCAGGACCACGAAGGGGACGAAGAAGAGGACGAAGAAGAGGCCUCAGACCCCUCCGAGGGGGGGGAUGUGGAAGGAGGGUGGGAGAGCGAGAGCUCGUCCCCCGAGGAGGGCGGGCGGCCUGAGGCCGGCGAGCCCGCGGCCGAGGAGCAGGAGGGAGGAGAGAGUCCUACUCACAGAGCUACGAAGUAUAUUCCCCCUCAAGUAAGGAAAGCUCAGGAGACACUAGAUGACAAGAAAAGAGAAGAAUUGGGAAGACUGAAGAAAAUGGUGAAUGGUCUCAUUAAUAGGCUGAGUGAACCCAAUUUGCCCUCCAUUAGUGGACAGAUGGAAGAGCUCUAUAUGUCCAACAGCAGAAAGGACAUGAAUGAAACCCUGACAGAGACUCUCCUGAACGCCUGUGUCACUGCAGUUGCCAUGCCUGCAAGACUGGUGAUGGAGCAUGUCCUUCUGGUCAGCAUUCUUCAUCAUAACGUAGGAAUUGAGGUUGGUGCUCACUUUUUGGAAGCUGUGGUGAAGAGAUUUGAUGAAUUCUGUAGAAGUGAUGAUGAAGGGAAAGAAUGUGAAAAUCUGCUUGCCUUGAUUGCUCACCUGUAUAACUUCCAUGUGGUUCAUUGCCUGCUGAUCUUUGAUAUUCUGAGAAAGCUUGUUGGCACUUUCACUGAAAAAGAGAUCGAGUUGAUUUUGUUUCUUCUGAAAAAUGUGGGGUUUUCCUUAAGAAAAGAUGAUGCAUUGGCCUUGAAGGAACUGAUCACUGAAGCCCAGAGGAAAGCAAACUCAGCAGAGAAGAAAUUCCAGGAUCAGACUAGGGUUCGUUUUAUGCUGGAGACUAUGCUGGCACUAAGGAAUAAUGACAUGCGUAAGAUUCCUGGUUAUGAUCCUGAACCAGUUGAAAAACUCCGUAAAUUGCAAAGAACACUGGUUCGCAGCAGUGGUUCUGGGAAAGACACUGAGCUCCGUGUCUCCCUGGAAUCUCUUCUCAGUGCCGAUCGGGUUGGUCGCUGGUGGAUUGUAGGGUCAUCCUGGAGUGGAGCACCAAUGAUCAAUGAUACACAGAAGAAGACUCAGGAGAAAGUGCAUAUAGGAAAGGUGAGUUCAAAGAUACUGGAGCUUGCUCGGAAGCAGAGAAUGAACACUGAUAUCAGGAGAAGUAUUUUUUGUGUCUUGAUGACAAGUGAAGACUUCCUGGAUGCCUUUGAAAAACUUCUCAAGCUUGGACUGAAAGAUCAGCAGGAGAGAGAAAUUAUUCAUGUUGUCCUUCACUGCUGCUUACAGGAGAAGACCUAUAACCCCUUCUAUGCAUUUUUGGCCAACAAGUUUUGUGAAUGUGAAAGACGAUUUCAGGUAACAUUUCAGUUUAGUAUUUGGGACAAAAUCAGAGACUUAGAAAACCUGUCAGCUGCUGCCGUCUCCAACUUGGUUUCACUGUUGGCUCACUUAAUAAGGACAAAAUCAUUGCCACUUUCAGUUCUCAAGGUAAUUGAAUUCAGCGAACUAGAUAAACCCAAAGUCCGUUUCUUGCGACAAGUAUUGAGCACACUGUUAAUCAAAACAGAUGCUGAAGAACUUACUGACAUUUUUGUGAGGCUAUCAGACAACCCCAAACUGGGAUUGCUACGGGAAGGCUUGAAACUCUUCCUUAACCACUUCUUGCUGAAAAAUGCACAAGCCCAAAAAAGUGCUGAAGAAGUUAGCUUAUUAAAAGAAAGAGUUGAACUAGCAACCAAGGCUUUGCAAGCAAAAGAAUCCAAAUUGAAGCUAUAGUUCUGUUUUUUUAAUAAAGCUUAUGGAAAAACUGAGUCUGCAUGAAGCUGCAAAGCUUUAUUAGUCUUUCAAGACCCGAGUAAUUGAGAAUGAGAACAGUUUUACUCUAAAGGAUCCAUUUUUUAAUGUAAAGUUACUUUGCUCUCCACACAAGUUAGAGGUUUAACUGAAGGUGGUGCAAGGCCUUUCUGAAGAAGAGGAAAAUGUUUUUGUCACGUACCUUUUUAGUACAGGUGAUGCACGUUGAUGGUUAGUAUCUGCAAAUGUUGAAUUUCUCUACUCUGAUAGUCCCAGUGAGCAUCAGUGUUCUGCAUUGCAUAUUCUAACCUUUCAUUUAAAAUAAUUGCAGGAUGCUGACCACCUUAACCAAAGACUUUUGAUAACUAGUCAUAAUACUUGCCUGAAGAAAGAGGCCACUAGAUGGCAUAAGUACUGGGGAUUCAGUUUUGGAAGAAAUCGACCUUUUUCUUCAAGUGUUGAAGUUAUCUGCUAAUUCUGUGAAUUGUUUGCCUGACUGUGGGUCAGGAAGAGAUCUUCAGUUGGAUUCAAAACUGUAGUAAAACGACUUGAAGAUCUGACUUUGCCCAAUUCUGUUGGGUUUAGAGAUCACAGCAUAGUUUUAUUGCUCUUUUAGCCAGGUUUUUGCAGCUUUAAAAUUGGAGUUGCCUAAUCACUAAAAAUCAGAUUUUUCUAGGCAUAAUAUCAAGAUGAGUCUUUUAAUAAGAGAAUACCUUCCUUAAGAAUUUGCUUGCAUUUUCCAUUCAUAUGUUUAAAAAAAAAAUCAUGUACAUUUCUUUCUGUAACACUGGGUGUUAAUGGUUUGUUUCUUUUGUCACCUUACCACUACAGAUUAAACUGCAUUUUUUCUGAA